AAUGCAAAGCAGUUCCACUCAUCGGAACACCAUUUAAAAUGUCGAAAAUUUAGACAAAAUUUUGAAACGAAGUGUAAAAUGCAAGAAAUUCUUUGCCCAAAUUCAGAUGGAAACAGCGCAAAAACUUUAACCACUGAUAAAGUGCCAAGUGAUGUAGUGCUGCAAGUUGGUAAUUUAGAAAAUAAUCAGAUGUGUAGGAUUUGUUAUAGCGGUCCGAGUAGAGAACGACUCUUGAGACCUUGUAAAUGUAAAGGUACGAUAGAAUACGUCCAUCGAAAUUGUUUGGAGAGGUGGCUUGAAACAACGAAUUAUGAGGCGUGUGAACUUUGCCACCAUCAUUUUACUACUCGAAGAACAAGAAAGAGUUGCUGGGAAUGGUGGAAACAAGAAGAUACUCAGAAUGACAGAAGAAACUUGGCAGGAGACUGUACAUGCUGCCUAUUUCUAACUCCAUUAGGCGUUGCCACUUUUUGGUUAUGCAUUGAAGGUGCUGUGUAUUAUUUCAAGGUGAAAAACUCAACAGUGGAAACAGUUGCCCUAGUGAUACUGGCGAUAUUCCUAAUUUUUGCCUAUUUCACAUGGAUUGUCUUAUGCGCACGAUAUCAUAUCAUGAUUUGGAGAAGAUGGAGAAAUCGUAGCUGGAACGUGCAAGUGGUUGACAGACAAUCAUCACUAGAAUCUUCACCAGUAACUUCAGAAGAAUCUCUUACAUUACAAUCUACUCCUGGUGCAAUACUUCUACUGGAGCCUUUAAUUCCAGUUGUACAGGCAGACAGAUCUCAUGCAGGUCACAGUACAGACUCUGAGCCAUCCCCACCAGCGUCCAACAUCCAGUACAUCACAAUCACUAGUCGCGUAACAACAGUUUGAGGCAUGAAUGAAAUAAAAUGUAACAUGGUAGUUUAUACCAAAAAUAUUUGAUAUUUAUAAACUGUGUAUAUAUUGUAAGAGGUAUUUGUGUG